CAAGACUUUUGUACACAACUUCGAACUUUUGCAUAUCUCAACUUGCUUGCUCAUCGAAAUCCUUUAUUGGAACUUUUGCAAAUUUUUAAUGGCCCGUUCUAAGAGAUCUCAUACUUCCCCAAAUGCCGCCGAACCAUCGGACCCUCAGCCACUUGAAACUCAUUCCCAGAAGAGGGCUAUAUCUUCUGAAGGCUGCUCUUCUUUCCUCAAAGUACCAACCCCUCCUGUAAUCAACUUCGCCGAUCGAAUUCAACGCUUGUCUGACCAUAUCUGCAUAGCUGUUCUAAUGAGAGAAAUAGAGGGACCCCCUACCGAAGGCCAAGAGUCUGACUGGAAAGACUGGAUAAAAUCCAUCGCCAAUCUCCGGACAGAUGACAUUCGUCUGUCCCCUGCCGAAGCUUCCCCCUCUCUUGCAAUUUCGAAGAAAGCAAGAGAAGAGUAAAGAUGAAGCCUUUCAAGAGAAAAUCCGGGAGCACAACAAGAGACGUUUCCAGAAUGCCUGGGAUACAAUCAAAUCUAAUGCCGACGUUGUCAAAUUUAGAAAUCCUUACAAGGAUGAGACUAUCAUCAUCCCUUUGCGUCUCCACCGUCAUCUGUCAAUAAUCCAGAGUGAGCCAUCUGAUUACAUGACACAAAACCGACUCCUGUAUCUGUCGAACUGGGUUAUCCAAGAGCCGAGAAUCCUCGAGGGCUAUCUCACCGAGAAAUGCCUAAUCCAGAAGACCGAACAGAUAUCAUACAUGCGCUUCCUUACACCGUGUUACAAUCCCCAUGCCAUAUACCCUACACAUUACUUCGAGACAAUUCAACAACACUUUCAUGAUCGUGACUCGUUAUGGGGAAAGGAUGAAUUUAGGACACGGGGUUUUUGGGCCGAUCGUUCAUACUAUAGUGCAUGGACCAAGGCAAUCUUGAAGAAAUAUAAAGAUGUUCUUGUUGCAGCGAAGAUAUUUUCUGCUAUAGAAGCCACUUCAGAAUUCUUUCACAAGGACACCAUGAUUUACAAGGGGUUUCUAAAGUACUGGUCUUCUACUACAAAUUCUUUUCACCUCCCGAUUGGUGAAGUGAGUAUCACUUUGUGGGAUCUGCAUAGGAUGGCGGGUUUGCCUAUCUCCGGAUCCUUUCUGGAUGAGUAUGUUCCUACGAACGAGGAGUUUGCUUAUGUUGCCCCCAACAGAACGCCUAAGAUUUUAGCAUCUACCAUUAAACUUUUCCGCGAGAUGUCUUGCCUCCACGACGUUCAUAAGAUAUCCCCUCUUCAAUGGCUCGCGCAUUUCUCACGAUACCUACUGUUCCCUAGCAGUCAUCGCGCUGAAUUGGAAGCCACUCGCAAAAAGAUAAAAGGCCCAGCCAAAUUCACCACUGAAACCGAGUUAGCUGCUUUUUUGCUUAUUGGUUAAGCUUGGUCGUCCUUCCUAGUUCGAAAAGCUCGGACUCUGUUCGACCAACCUUAUUUGUAGCGGCAGGCGCUAUGGCGGAAGGCAGAAAAAAAUACUCUCUAGCCCCCCUGUGUUAUGUUCGCUAUAUAGAGCUUUUGGACAUGCUGCGGCGCAUUGCUCAAGCCCAGCAAUUGGAGCCUCAUCCUCUUUCACCCCAUGGCAUUAUUUCUCGGGCUGGCUCGGCGUGUACUUCCCUUGGACUUAUGGAGACCCGGAGAAGGCCUACGUCCACCCUGAAAAUCUACCCUUAUGGCAUUUUCUUAAGCAAAAAAUGAUAAAGAAAGGGUAUGACUGGAUAGUGGACAAGAUCGAAAACACGGAAUCUAUUGAUUUCUUUCCUUUCUAUCUGGAUUACCAAGUCGAAGACAGGGAGGUCGAAGAUAAUAACGACUUGGAACCCAUGGAGAGGACCUUCUUUCUUUGUAUCCGCUCCUGCAGCUUACCCAUGCGAGAAGGGGUAGAGUUCUGGUGAGAGCCGUAUUAUCCGAGUAGGUUUGCCAGGCAAUUUGGCUAUGAUCAAGCCGUACCUCAGGUAGGAGAGGAGGUCACACGGAUAAUGAGAAGUUACGGAGUCGGCCCCUAUAAUUGGGCUUUGAUAUGGAAGCAGCUCUUGACGAGAAAUUUUGGCUCCCGUUUUCUUCUUUCGGGGUAUAAUCAUUGAGUAACAGCCUCAUACUCUUAGAUGCGGUGGUGGACGCAUUAUUACUACUUGGUGUACAACUGUUUUUCCGUGGAUCGUCCUAUCUGUAUUCCUCCUCCGCGUUUGAGAAACUACAGACCGGAGCAAGGAAUCAGAUAUUUUAUUGAAAAAGACCAUGCCGUUGUUCUGCGGCAACUUUGUCGCAAGAUUUCUGUAGAAGAACCAAUGAGAGAGAUAAAGUCGCUGAAUACUCUAGAAGGAUGGAUUGCUUUCGGCUCUCCUUUGGACUUGAUAAGACGGGGAGAAAGACCAGUUACUCCUCGUGAUGAAUUCGAGACCGCGGGUGGUGUUCUGUCUUCCCCUACUCCUGAAGGAAGAGACCAGCUGGAACAUCCUGCUCCUGUCACGUCUCCAGCUACAGAGCUUGU